ACCCGGGCGGUUGGCAGGGCGGUGUCUGCGGCCUUCACUUUCCUCCCGAAAAUCGAAGGCUACGGGGGUGGUAGCCGUCCCUUUUUCCUCUAUCUCUCCUCUUCAUCACCUUCUUCGUUUUCUACCUUCCUUCUACUCUCUCUCUCUAUUUUUUUCUUUUUUCUUUCUCCUGCUCUUCGUCUAUAUUUAUUUUUUGUCCUUUUUUUUAUUUUUUUUUCGCUUUCUCUUCUUAUUACGUUUUCGCGCCGUGCCUGCCGAGCUUGCGUCUCAAAAUUUUUCUCUUCGGUGUGUGUCAUCAAACACGUGUAAGCGGGCUAUCUCGAAGGGUGUCAUACAGUCGCAUUCGUCGCAAUGUGCGCGUGACAGAACAACAAAAAAAAAAAAACAAGUGAAAGUGUCACAGUCCCGGCAAUUCCUCGCUUCGUUCGUUGAGUGCGCGCCAAUUUGACGGCAUUCCCGGGCUUCCUUUUGUUGUCUACAUCUUUUGAAGACCCCCUCGAGGGUUGAAGGGUCUUCGGUCGAUCUCGAACGCUGAAGCCCGCGCAAAGUGGCCCGGGAAAAGCUUCGGUAGAUCGGAAAGAUCGUGCACCGCGUGGAUCGCCUAAACGCCUCCACUGCGCCAGUGAAACUUCCCAGUCACGUGAGCAGCGGGGGUGGCGAGGAGAAGGGGCGUGAGAGCCGAGUGUGCCGUAGUCAGCGAUACGACAACGAAGAGCGAGAUACGUUCCGCGUGGGAAGCCGCCGAUGGAUCCCCCCGAGUCUCGUCGACUAACGAGGGUGGCUAUACACGUCGAUCGAUCAUCUGAACAGCUGUCCCGAAGAUCCCGUCGCCAGUUUCGGUUCGUCCCGCGAGUACUAGUGCCGGUACGCGUGUAUCACGAAGGAGUCUCGAAGGCUCGUAACGAGCCGUGACAUAAUUGGCAAACUCUCUUCUCGAUAAGGGGCGACUUUCCCAUCGAAGCUCACGGCGGGUACGAGACUCCGUUACAAUGAGCCCGAAGAAAUACGCUGCGCUGAGCGCGACUGCAAAACAGCUGACGGGUGACAAUAACUCAGGGCGCGUCGUUUGCAAUCCGAUCGAAUGAUCAACGAUACGGUGACUUAAGUAAAACACAUAUCCUACGACGCAGUGCGGCCGUGAGUAUCAGCGUAGCCAUCACCUCGUGGGACGAGGAUCGUACGACGCGUGGAUGCGUCCAAUUUUGAUCGAGAAUGACCUGAUUUCCAUCUUCGGAGUAAAGAUCGAUCCUGGAGAGUGUGUCCCUCUCUUCUCUCUCCGUCGCCCUGCGUGUCCGUCUCCGUUUUCCUCUAUCGCAGAUUCCGGAGAAGCGUUGUGGCGCGUCCGCAGAAACGGAUCGUCGGCGCGGAUAAUCAUGUCGCGACCUGACACCACUGCCACAUCGAUCACUGUCAAGUAGAUCGCGGGAUCGCACCUUUGUACGAUUUCACAGAGUAUCUUCCUAAGUACCGGCUUCCUAAGCAACUCUUGAUGGACAUUUCUUCGAUAUUUCACAAAUUUUUCAAUCUUCGUGUCUAUAAACUAUUGUCUAUUUUAUGCUCUAGUGAAUCAAAUUUCGUCUUCCUUCUAUGGAAUAUAACAUUAACGUAUUUAUAAAAUAUGAGAGAAAUAUAUUUACAGUUUUUGAUGUUAAAUAAUAAUAUAUAUGAAUAUUAGUAAAGAAGCUGUUGUUAAAGUGUCUUAUCUCGUUGUGAUGGAAUGUGAUGUGUUUUCCAUAAUGCUACGUGCGUUAAUUAAAUUUUAAAUAAAUAAAACACAAAGUAUUAUAUUACAUAAUAUAAUUACGGAUGAUAGCUAUAUAACGUUAGUCAAAAUAAAUCUACAUUUACAAAAAAGUUCAGCGAGUAAAAGUGUGUGCAAGUUUUAAGUGUAAUGUAUAAAUCUUCAACAAUGAUAAUGACGAGAGUACGAAAAAAAUACGUUAUAAUGACUGAAGUGUUAUUAAAAGUAACUGCGACGAUCACUUGCAAUUAAUGUAAACGAUGAACUUGUUACUCUGUAUUUAUUACUGUGUGUACCUGAUUUACCUAAAGUGAAGCAGUGAAUAUCUAACAGAAAUCAAGACUAAUCUCUUUUGUAACUAAAGAUUAGAAGAAUCAAAUUCGCGACAAGAAACAAAAAAUGCGUGGCUUGUACAUUUUUUUGAUGGUGGGCGCACUAGUCGCCUCAUCUAAGGAAGGAUUAAAAUCAUCAAUAGGUCAGAUUGAUCAUCCGAAAUUGAUGAAAGGCAGCAGCAAUACCUCGCUGCCAAAACUUAGCAUCGGUCUGAUAGUGCCGCAUACGAAUUUCGGUGCACGAGAAUAUACAAAAGCCAUCAACAAGGCCGUCAUCAAUUUGAACAAAGGUCAUGGCAGAUCCAAAGGCCAGUCCAGGUUCUCUUUCCUGGAUAAAUACGAGUUUACUCCAACCCAGGUCAAUAGCACUAUGAUGAAGCUCACGCCGAGUCCGACAGCUAUCUUAGACUCGCUGUGCAAGGAGUUUCUUUCGGUGAACGUAUCAGCCAUCUUAUAUCUUAUGAACUAUGAGCAAUACGGACGCAGUACGGCCAGCGCUCAAUAUUUUCUUCAAUUGGCCGGUUACUUGGGAAUCCCUGUGAUUGCAUGGAAUGCCGAUAAUUCUGGUCUGGAGAGACGGGCGUCACAGAGCAGCCUACAGCUGCAACUGGCACCGUCGCUGGAACAUCAGACCGCGGCGAUGCUGAGUAUCCUGGAGAGGUACAAGUGGCAUCAGUUUAGCAUAGUCACCUCGCAAAUAGCUGGUCACGACGACUUCAUACAGGCGGUCAGAGAGAGAAUUUCUGACAUGCAGGACACAUUCAAGUUCACCAUACUAAGCGCUAUUCUGGUUACUGAACCGCACGAUCUGCUCGAGCUAGUUAACAGCGAGUCUCGAGUGAUGCUACUGUACUCGACCAGAGAGGAGGCUACUCAUAUCUUGACUGCAGCGAGGGAUUACAAAAUUACCGGCGAGAAUUACGUGUGGGUCGUCACGCAGAGCGUUAUUGAAAAUCUACAAACUCCCAAUCAGUUCCCGGUCGGAAUGUUAGGUGUGCAUUUCGAUACGAGCAGUGAUAGCUUGGUGAGCGAAAUUGCGACGGCAAUCAAGGUUUAUGCUUACGGUGUCGAGGACUUCGUCAAUGAUCCGAAAAAUGCGAAUCUUAGUCUGAACACUCAACUGAGCUGUGAAGGUGUCGGAGAAUCACGAUGGAGCACGGGGGAUCUAUUUUUCAAAUAUCUGAAGAACGUUUCCGUCGAGGGUGAUCAAGGAAAACCAAACAUAGAGUUCACUCAAGAUGGUGUGUUAAAGGCCGCGGAGUUGAAAAUUAUGAACCUUCGGCCGGGGGUUAGCAAGCAGCUCGUCUGGGAGGAGAUCGGUGUCUGGAAAUCCUGGGAAAAAGAGGGUCUGGACAUUAAGGACAUCGUCUGGCCGGGGAAUACUCAUACUCCUCCGCAAGGCGUGCCGGAGAAGUUUUACCUCAAAAUAACCUUUCUGGAGGAGCCGCCCUACAUCAAUCUUGCACCGCCCGAUCCUGUGACCGGAAAAUGCCUGGUGGAUCGCGGUGUUCACUGUAGAGUGGCCAAGGACUCCGAUAUGGUUGGAAUGGAUAUUCAAUCGGCGCAGAAAAAUGGGAGCUUUUAUCAAUGCUGUAGCGGAUUUUGCAUCGAUUUGCUGCAAAAGUUUUCCGAAGAAAUUGGUUUCACUUAUGAGCUCGUAAGGGUGGAGGACGGCAGGUGGGGUACUUUGGAGAAUGGGAAAUGGAAUGGGCUUAUAGCUGAUCUAGUCAACCGAAAGACCGAUAUGGUGAUGACCUCUUUGAUGAUCAACUCGGAAAGGGAAGCAGUGGUUGAUUUUACUGUACCUUAUAUGGAAACUGGUAUCGCUAUUGUGGUAGCAAAAAGAACAGGCAUAAUAUCACCCACUGCAUUUUUAGAACCGUUCGAUACGGCUUCAUGGAUGCUGGUGGGUAUUGUUGCUAUACAUGCCGCGACAGUAAUGAUACUACUCUUCGAGUGGGCAUCACCCUCCGGUUUCGACAUGAAGGUAAACCCUUCAGGCGCUGCGCAAAAACUGAAUAAUCCGUCGACGAAUCAUCGAUUUUCGUUUUGUCGCACGUACUGGCUGGUCUGGGCCGUAUUAUUUCAGGCUGCCGUCCAUAUCGACUCUCCCAGAGGAUUUACAGCCAGAUUUAUGACGAACGUCUGGGCAUUAUUUGCCGUGGUCUUCCUCGCCAUUUACACUGCCAAUUUGGCUGCCUUUAUGAUUACGCGGGAAGAGUUUCAUGAGUUUACUGGUGUGGACGAUCACAGACUCGCUAAGCCCUUUUCUCACAAACCCAUGUUCAAAUUCGGCACGAUACCGUGGAGUCACACGGACAGUACACUGGCAAAAUACUUCAAGGAGAUGCAUUCUUACAUGAGGGCUUUCAAUAAAAGUAGUGUUGCAGAUGGUAUUGAAGCUGUCGUCACUGGAGACAUGGACGCGUUCAUUUACGAUGGCACGGUCUUAGAUUAUUUGGUUGCCCAGGACGAGGAUUGUCGAUUGCUGACGGUCGGGUCAUGGUAUGCUAUGACGGGAUACGGUCUGGCGUUUUCCAGAAACUCAAAAUACUUACAAAUGUUCAACAAACGGCUGUUGGACUACAGAGAUAACGGAGAUCUAGAGCGAUUGAGAAGGUACUGGAUGACUGGCACGUGCAAACCUGGAAAAGAAGUACAAAAGAGUAGCGAUCCGUUAGCAUUGGAGCAAUUCUUGAGCGCGUUUCUCCUGCUGAUGAUGGGUAUUCUCUUGGCAGCGGUCUUUUUACUCCUGGAACACCUGUAUUUCAAAUACAUCAGACAGCACCUGGCAAAAAGCGACGACGGUGGCACGUGCGCUAUUUUCAGUCUGAGUGUGGGGAAGUCCUUGACCUUUCGUGGUGCAGUGUACGAGGCGCAGGAUAUCUUGAGGCACCACAGAUGCAAAGAUCCGAUCUGCGACACCCACUUAUGGAAGGUCAAGCACGAACUCGACAUGGCCAAGAUCAGGAUACGGCAGCUUGAGAAGGAUCUCGAGGCCCACGGAAUAAAGCCAACCCAAACCAAGAGGAAAACCGGAAAUCUCGGCUGGUGGCGAGGGUGCUUCCAAAGUUCGGACCGCCAUACACAACCGGACCCGUUGGCGGUGGAAGCUCCGCAUCCGCUACCGCCAUACUUCGAUUCAUACAUCGAUGCCGUCGAGGUUGCCCGUCCCAGGGAUAUGAGUAGAAACCAUGUGGUCAGCACGGAAUACGCGGAGACGUUCUUGCCCACGGAGAUUUACAGGAUGCCGGAAGGUGAUUUAAUCAGGACGGAAAUUGCCGAAAUAGAGACAGUUCUGUGAUCGUAAGAGGAUCGGGUUCAGUCGUCCAAUCGCACAACGUUGGAAGCGUAUGGGAUGGACUGAGAGGCCCUUGAAGACUACUGAAAUGACACGAUUUAAAUAAUAAAUCGCGUCCUGUUGCUCCUGCCUCGAACAACGAGCCCCACAUCAAUCUUUCAUUCAGAUGAAGACGCUGAUCCGCUGAUAUUGAUCCUCGGAAACUGUUGUCGCGCACGUAGUGAAACAACAAGAAGAAGAACGUCGUCAGUGCCUAUCAAUGAUCGAGAGUCAACCAGCGACCAAGAAUACACCACUUGAGGAUAUUUUAUAACUCGAAAAAGUGCAUUUGUUGUUGACACUUGCGUUACGCUCCCAAAAAAUGGAUUUUUCCUGUCCUUUGAAAUAUCGGAAGGAAUAUAUUUGCAUGGCAGUUGCGCUCACACCACAAUAGUGAUCGUUGAGAAAGGAAUGUUUCAAAAAGUUACUUUGUGAUGCUCGGAAAAACGCUCGAUAAUCGAAUCGGAUUUUUAUCUGCAAGGGAUUUAUUUAUAACAAACAACACGAUCGACAAAGGCAUGUCAUCGAUAUCAAAGCUAGCGGCUUCGUGCUCAUGUAGUUGUGUGCACAUAUGCAAAGAUUCGUUUCAAAAUUUCAACCUGUGCCUAAAAUCGUUUGGACACGCUUGUAAUGCACAAGAUGAUUUAUUAGGCGUCCAGAAAACAAAUGAGUUAAAACUUAGUAACUUGAUGAAAAUAAAGUUAAACUUCUAAUUUUUUUGAUACUUUAAUGAGAUAUGAUUAUCUCAUUGAGAUAAUUAGUUUUCAUUAAAUACAUCAUUUUUUAUUAAAUAUUCACAUAUUUUUAUAAUUAUAAAAUAGUAGCAGAAGUUUCUAUACGGGUAUUUAUUAAUAAAAUUUUUGCAAAAGCAAAAGCAAUUAUUAGGAUAUCACAUUGUCCACGAUGCAUUUUCAUUAAUUUUAAAUUUUUAUUAAUUCCGUAUUUCUCUUUGAUAUACAUAUACUCUGAUAUUUUAUUUUAGGAUAAAUACCAUUUUUUUUAUAGAAAACAAUUUUAAU